UUUUCUUGUAGUAUUUUCCCAUUUAUGAUCUUUAUUCCAUAUUUCAGAUUGUUAAUUAUUUAAAACAUAUAUAUUUAUGGUGUAUUUCAGUUUUAUUCCCGAUUCUGUCUCUUGGUGAAUUAUUAUCCUGUUGAUUGUGGUCACAGACUGUCACUGAUGGUGGGCCACUUCCUUCUGUGGCUUGUAAGUUUUGAGUGUGACCCCAUCUUUCCUGUGACUUUUUUGCCCUGUGAAGUUCUCAGCACCCUGCCUUGUGGAGGUACUGUUAUACUGCUGUUUUGCAUCGGCCUCCAGUGGACAAUGUUGCUGGUUUUGCUGGUCUGGAAGCAGUUUUUAAUGUUUGCUUCUUGACUUGGAGUGCUUAUAGCAUACUGAUGCCUUAAUUUAUCGGGAGAAAAUGUUUUCACAUCCAGAAUCUCAGUCAGAGACAAGUGGAACAUGUAUAUGGAAUGCACUGAAUUCAUUGUACAUCAGAAAACAUUUCAAUUGUCUGUCGCUGUUGUGUUCACACCCACUCUGAUGGACUUCCCUUCCCCAUUCUCUGCUGUGAUCUCAGGCCUGUCUUAGCUUUCCACUCACAUCCAGUUAUUAGAACAGUCUCAUUUCAAUAAUUAGGACUCAUUUUACAGAUAUUAAAAAAGUUCAGUCUAGUCUGCUAGAAGCUCUAAUUUCAUAUUCAGUAGACUACUUCAGGCCUUACCCAUGACUUUCAGAUUUGGACAGGGGAAGAAGGUCAGGGCCUAUUUUCUUUCUUCUCCUAUAUUUUCCCCUCCUCCAUUUUAAUCAGCUUUUGUGUCACUUUGACCAAAAUGCCUGAUGAGAACAAAUAUAAAGGAGGAAAAGUUUAUUUUGGCUCAUGGUUUCAGAGGUUUCAGCUCAUAGGCUGCAGACUCCAUUGCUCUGGGCCCAAAGUGAGGCAGGACAUGAUGACAGAAGGGUAGGACAGAGGAAAGUAGCUCAGGACAUGGCAAUCAGGAAGCAGAGACCUCUACUUACCAGGAGCAAAAUGUAAACCCCAAAGGCAUGUCCCUAGUGACCCCUUCUCCUCCAGCCACAUCCUACCCGCCUACAGUUACUGUUCAGUUAAUCCAUAUUGGUGGAUUAAUGAAUGCACUGAUUAAGUUAAAGCUCUCAUAACCCAAUCAUUUCACCUCUAAAUUUUCUUGCAUUUUUUAAAACAUGAGCUUUGUGGGGGUACCUGGACUACAAUGCUUUCCUUUCUUCUGAAUUUUCCAGGAUUAGGGAAGAGGAGAGGAACCUAGAGACUUCAGGGCUAAAGUCUUUCUCCGUGGUGCUACUUUUGCCUGACAUGGCUGGCCACCAUGCUAUCUGUGAUGGUAGGGAUUCCAUAACUGGUUCUUUCCUAGAGCACCUUUAUGGGUUCUUUGAUGGAGUUUCUGGGUCUUUCAUACUGUUCAGACCCUGUCAUGGGUGAUGUAGUCCCUGCCAGACCUCGUGAACUUCACAGCCUCUUUCUGCUAAAGCAGCCUUCUUGGGUGGAGCACUUUUAUAGUGACUUGAAUCCAUUUACCUUACAGAUCAUCAACUCAGCUUGAUAGAGGUGACCAUAUUUAGUUAGAAGUUACAGUUACAGAAGUUACCCCUUGUCACCCAUUCUCCUUGUCGGGUCAACACAGCUGCUCCAAUUAGCCCCCUGACUGGAGAAUUUCCCAGGCAGGAAGCAGGUGCCAUUGCUUGGUUUGUUUGUACCCUCUAGACUUGGCCAGACAGGUCAGGACUUUCCCAAGAAGAUGGUUCUUCUCUGGGACAUUGAGGGUGUGUUCAUCACUGCCACUUAGUAGGCAUCAGACAGGAGGUGAGAGGCUGGUCUUUUUUUACUAUAGGCCUUCCUCCCUCCCCCUAAAGAUGCUCCUCUUGGGAUCAACCUUCCAUGACUUGGGAGAAUGAGGGAAGCACUGUCUCCCUGAGCCCACACAGGAUUCCUGUGUUUCUAGUGGGUGGGGUGGUUGAGGGAGGUUCAAGGACCAUCUUGGCUCAUCCAGUCCUGCAGCAAAGUACCUAUCCAGUGCCUCUGUUGUCUGAGGGGUAUGCCAUUGAUUGUUCUCGGGUUUGGGGCCUCACCUGGAAUUCUGACCAACAGGAACAUUCUCAAUUAACAUUUUUUUUAACCUAAAUUUCCUUCUCUCUUCCUUAGUAGGUGGGCAGAGGUUUUAAACCCUUUUUACUGGGGCCUAGCAGUUGUUUUAGGUUCUUGGUUUUAUGCCAGAGUCUCAGGUCUAGCUUCUGCUUUGUGGUGUCUCAUGAUGAUGUCUCUGACCCUUUGUACAUCUUUCAGCCUAGUCCUGGCCCUUGGGCCCAUGGCUAGCUCCUCAUCCAACUUUAUCACCUGAUGCUUAAAGUUUAUAUUUUCUUUUCCUUUCUGGGACUGAGAAUUCCCUCUGCUUUUUAUUUAGCUCAUAUAGUGCAGCAUUGUUAUUCAUUAAAAGAAUGAAUUUUCCUAAGUAUGGCCUGCCAUAUUGUCAGAACCAGGAAAUUUGCCUCUUUGUUUUAUAGACCACUAUUAACACUUCUGCUUCCAUCACAAGAGGGUUGCAAAGACAAGUGAGAUAAUGGAUGUGGACAUGCUUUGAAAGCAUUGAUACAUUUAUAAGGAAGGGAGUAUGAUGAAUAUACCACUACUUGGUUUGUUAAUUAUUCUCACUUGAACUGGACAUUUGGUAGAACUAUAUUUAUAGGAGGAAAUUCUCAGAAACCAAUGGGCCAAGAGGACCUUUUAUAGCUUACCUCCUUAACUACUGCCUUCCCUUCAUGGCACCAGGUGAGUUCUAGACUGUCUGAUAGAACUUACUCAUUUACGUAAAUUUUAAAUCUUCAGAGUGUUCAUCCAUUGUUAAUUUUAAAAAAUAUCAUUUGGUGUAAAAGACAUACAUUAGGUUUACAUUAUAAUAUACAUUUGAUAGAUCCAGAGUGUUAACUUUCUGUUACUGUAACAAAUACCUAAGACAAUCAACUUACAAAGAGAAAAAAUAAAACUAUUUUGGGUCACAGUGUCCCCUUCCAGGGCAUAUCCCUAAUGACCUAAGACCUCUCACUGGGCCCCACCUCUUAAAGUUUCCACCCUCUUUCCCACUUUGGGAACCAAGCCUUCAACACAUCUGAACGUUCCAGAUCCAAACUGGACACUUAAGCCUUUAUUAAGUAAAUUAAGUAUAUCAGACAUAUACCAGGUAUGUCAGGCUGACUUAUUCUGCUGUCUUCACUUAGGGAACCCCAGAUAGACAGACUAUCAGUCAUCAGUCAGUCAAUCAAUCCAAUCAAUCAAUGUUAAAUGAGUGCUUACUGUGAGUCUGACACUGUAAUAGCCCCUUGGCAGAGGGCAUAAACAAGCAUAACUAGUUUUGACAGCCAUGUAUUAAGUGCCUACCAGUUACCAGACAGACACAGUGAUGAAUUAAACAGAUGGGCAUCUGCCACCCUAAAGUGUACAGUGGAGCCCCUGGCUGAAACUGCAUUAGACUUUCUCAGUGGUAUCAAUUAUUACUGCCAUACUUAUUUGGGAAGUGAGAAAGUCCUCCAGAUUCACAAAACCUUGCUGGAUUUGGAGUUCACUCCAAGCACCAAAUAUAUAUAUAUGUAAAACAUCUCCCUAGGCCAGCAGUUCAACAGCUUUGGGAAUGGGGGGCAGCCGUCAAACACUGUAUGAAAGAUGAUUUCUUAUGAGGUCGAGUUGCAAUCUCUGUGCCAUUGUGGUUCACCUUUGUUUGUAACUUUCCCAUUCUGUGCCUUUCCUAUUUCUGUGGAAAGGGCUCUUCCCUUUUCUCUCUCCUUUCCCCUGUCAAACAUGUCCACAGAAAAAAGUCCCCUGUGAUUCUGUUCUUGCUCAUCCUGACAAUCCUUGGCGUGCCUUGGAUGAGCACUGCUCUCCCUGGAGGCCAACUUGAUCAAAGGAGAGUUCAGGGUGGGAGGAGAAGGGUCCUUUAAAGGGUGCAGUUAAGAGCUUCUCCAGGAGGGGCGGAGCCUUCCAAGGGAGGCUGGAAUCAUAUUUACAUUUUUGUAUAAAUUUAAGUCAUUUUACCUUCUUUCUGAGGUAUUUGCACGUUCAGCCUUUUCUCAAAUAGUGAAAUGAAAGAUUUUGUAUCUUCUCCAGGAAUUUCAGGGAUCAGCAAAUAAGUUCAGGAAGAAUUAGAAAGACUAGUGAUCAGUCCAUGGAUGAUUUUACUGAGCCUGUGGUUCCAAAUUAAAUUAGGCUAAGGAUACAUCUAAUAUGACAAAUAGAUUUCAGAUUCUGGGGGGAUUCAAGACUGGUUGUGGAUGCCUGGAACAGGGUUCAGAACUGUUGUUUACAUUCAGGGGAAAGUGUUCAGUGAUUGAUUACUGAUGUCUGCCACAGACAGGAUGGAGGUAAGGAAAGGCGAUUGGCAUACCUACUAUUUUGGCCAUUCCUCAUAGUUAGAGAGAUUCUUAAGCUGUAUUUUACACAACUGGUUGGUUCAAUCAGGUCUCUCAAACAAAGAGGCAAGUCAAUGAAAAAGUAAAAUUCAGUUGAAAUAUGUUUGGUACAAGUUGUAAAAAACCUAUCCAUUUAAAAAAUUAUCUAUUUCAUCUUUUAUUCAACUAGGUGGGUGAAUCAUAGAGGUAUUUUUACAGGCGAAUUAAAUCUAAGAGCUUUUAAUUUCUGGUCUAACUUUCCUGAAGGAGUCACUAGAUAGUAUUUUAUCAUUUUAUUGCAUUUUCUUUCUCAGUAUUUUUCAAAACAUCUCACACAUAUUGCCUCAUUUUAUUCUCACUUGAUCCCUGUGACAGAUUUGUUUCUAGUGUAGGUGGGGAAACUGAUGCUCAGAGAUGAUCUGACUCGCGAGAGGUAGCACAGCAAGUCACAGCUGCUGUCCUUUGCACCAUGAACUCUCUGUGACUCCUCUGGGGUCUCCUUGAAGGAGUAGAAAUUUCCAUGCAGUUGGUGAUUGUUGAUGUACUCUCUCAGGGCAAGAGACUGUAUGUUGGUGCAGUGACUCAAAAUAGCUGUCUAUUCCCUGCUUAAGGCUUUGUCCUUUCAGUGGCAAUCCAAUGAAUUAGACCCCACUGCUUCGAUAAAAUACUUUGGAGUUUAUAGGAUGGAAAAUUUUGUUGGGAAUGAAAAUAGCCCGUAGCCAUUCAUACCCUAAAGUUGUCAGCUAAUGGCGUCUGAGUCACCUCCUCCUCAUCUUCUGGCACCCGUAGGGGGCCUCCCUGUGGUCCACCUAGAGUGGUCCGAGCUUGGCCAUAUUUGGCUUUCUAGAGCGCGUUUGCUUUGGAAGUGCCUUUCAACCUGCCAACACCCAAGCCGGGACCCAGAGCAAGCCAUGCAUUUAAAUGGCCAGGCUGUGGAGAGAGCUCAAGUGGAGACGGCCAAGGGAUGUGGGGCCAUUUACUUAACAUAAAUCAGCUCUCGGCAUGCGAGUGCCUUAAUGCAUUCCUUCAAUUAUAAACAAUUUAGAGUUAUGACAGCCAGCAUCUUCUCACCCCCUCUCUCUCUAGCCCAGGCCUCCAUUUGGAUUUGUUUCUAUAAUCAGGGACUUUGAUGAUUGAAAGGAUGGUGAGGAGACCAUCGGAUGAAGAAUCAGAUCUUGUUUAUGGAGCCCUUACUCCUGGAGCAGGACCUGCUCCACAGGUUCCAACUAUGGGAGCCCGCGCUCAGCCAACAUGAAUGCCAACGCAGCUGCGGGGCUUGCCCCUGAGCACAUCCCUACCCCAGGGGCAGCCCUGUCUUGGCAAGCAGCCAUUGAUGCAGCCCGGCAGGCCAAGCUGAUGGGCAGUGCUGGCAAUGCGACCAUCUCCACAGUCAGCUCCACGCAGCGGAAACGGCAGCAGUAUGGGAAACCCAAAAAACAGGGUGGCACAACUGCCACGCGGCCACCCCGUGCCCUGCUCUGUCUGACCCUGAAGAACCCCAUCCGGAGAGCAUGUAUAAGCAUCGUCGAAUGGAAACCAUUUGAAAUAAUUAUUUUACUGACUAUUUUUGCCAAUUGUGUGGCCUUAGCAAUCUAUAUUCCCUUUCCAGAAGAUGAUUCCAAUGCCACCAAUUCCAACCUGGAACGAGUGGAAUAUCUCUUUCUCAUAAUUUUUACUGUGGAAGCAUUUUUAAAAGUAAUCGCCUAUGGUCUUCUCUUUCACCCCAACGCUUACCUCCGCAACGGUUGGAAUUUACUAGAUUUUAUAAUUGUGGUUGUAGGGCUUUUUAGUGCAAUUUUAGAACAAGCAACCAAAGCAGAUGGGGCCAAUGCUCUCGGAGGGAAAGGGGCUGGAUUUGACGUGAAGGCGCUGCGGGCUUUCCGUGUGCUGCGUCCCCUGAGGCUGGUGUCUGGAGUCCCAAGUCUGCAGGUGGUCCUGAACUCCAUCAUCAAGGCCAUGGUGCCCUUGCUGCACAUUGCCCUGCUCGUGCUGUUUGUCAUCAUCAUCUACGCCAUCAUCGGCCUGGAGCUCUUCAUGGGGAAGAUGCAUAAGACGUGCUAUAACCAGGAGGGCAUAGCAGAUGUUCCAGCAGAAGAGGAUCCUUCCCCCUGUGCUUUGGAGACAGGCCAUGGGCGGCAGUGUCAGAAUGGCACUGUGUGCAAGCCCGGGUGGGAUGGUCCCAAGCAUGGCAUCACCAACUUCGACAAUUUCGCCUUCGCCAUGUUGACAGUGUUCCAGUGCAUCACCAUGGAGGGCUGGACAGACGUGCUGUAUUGGAUGCAGGACGCUAUGGGCUAUGAGUUACCCUGGGUGUAUUUUGUCAGUCUGGUCAUCUUUGGAUCCUUUUUCGUUCUAAAUCUGGUUCUCGGUGUGUUGAGCGGAGAGUUUUCCAAAGAGAGGGAGAAGGCCAAGGCUCGGGGAGACUUCCAGAAGCUAAGAGAGAAACAGCAGCUGGAAGAAGAUCUCAAAGGCUACCUGGACUGGAUCACUCAGGCAGAAGACAUCGACCCUGAGAACGAGGACGAAGGCAUGGAUGAGGAGAAGCCCCGAAACAGAGGCACUCCAGCGGGCUUGCUUGAUCAGAAGAAAGGGAAGUUUGCUUGGUUUAGUCACUCCACAGAAACCCAUGUGAGCAUGCCCACAAGUGAGACUGAGUCUGUCAACACCGAAAAUGUGGCUGGAGGUGACAUCGAAGGAGAAAACUGCGGGGCCAGGCUGGCCCACCGGAUCUCCAAAUCGAAGUUCAGCCGCUACUGGCGCAGAUGGAAUCGGUUCUGCAGAAGAAAGUGCCGUGCCGCAGUCAAGUCUAAUAUCUUCUAUUGGCUCGUGAUCUUCCUGGUGUUCCUCAACACGCUCACCAUCGCCUCGGAACAUUACAACCAGCCCCACUGGCUCACCGAAGUGCAAGACACAGCCAAUAAGGCCCUACUGGCCCUUUUCACCGCAGAGAUGCUCCUGAAGAUGUACAGCCUGGGCCUGCAGGCCUACUUCGUGUCCCUCUUCAAUCGCUUUGACUGCUUCAUCGUGUGUGGGGGCAUCCUGGAGACCAUCCUAGUGGAGACCAAGAUCAUGUCUCCCUUGGGCAUCUCUGUGCUGAGAUGCGUCCGGCUACUGAGGAUAUUUAAAAUCACAAGGUACUGGAACUCCUUAAGCAACCUGGUGGCCUCCUUACUGAACUCUGUGCGGUCCAUCGCCUCCCUGCUUCUGCUUCUCUUCCUCUUUAUCAUCAUCUUCUCCCUCCUGGGGAUGCAGCUCUUUGGAGGAAAGUUCAACUUUGAUGAGAUGCAGACUCGGAGGAGCACAUUUGAUAACUUCCCCCAGUCCCUCCUCACUGUGUUUCAGAUCCUGACCGGGGAGGACUGGAAUUCGGUGAUGUAUGAUGGGAUCAUGGCUUAUGGCGGCCCCUCUUUUCCAGGGAUGUUAGUCUGUAUUUACUUCAUCAUCCUCUUCAUCUGUGGAAAUUAUAUCCUACUGAAUGUAUUCUUGGCCAUUGCUGUGGACAACCUGGCUGAUGCCGAGAGUCUCACCUCUGCCCAAAAGGAAGAGGAAGAAGAGAAAGAGAGAAAGAAGCUGGCCAGGACUGCCAGCCCAGAGAAGAAACAAGAGGCAGUGGAGAAGCCAGCAGUGGAGGAAACCAAGGAGGAGAAAAUUGAGCUGAAAUCCAUUACUGCUGAUGGAGAGUCUCCCCCCACCACCAAGAUAAACAUGGACGACCUCCAACCCAAUGAGAAUGAGGAUAAAAGUUCCUACCCAAACCCAGAGGCUGCAGGAGAAGAGGAUGAGGAGGAGCCCGAGAUGCCUGUUGGGCCCCGCCCACGACCACUGUCUGAGCUGCACCUUAAGGAAAAGGCAGUACCCAUGCCAGAAGCAAGUGCAUUUUUCAUCUUCAGCCCCAACAACAGGUUUCGCCUUCAGUGUCACCGCAUUGUCAAUGACACGAUCUUCACCAAUCUGAUCCUCUUCUUCAUUCUGCUCAGCAGCAUUUCCCUGGCUGCUGAGGACCCCGUCCAGCACACCUCCUUCAGGAACCAUAUUCUGUUUUAUUUUGAUAUUGUUUUUACUACCAUUUUCACCAUUGAAAUCGCUCUGAAGAUGACUGCUUACGGGGCUUUCCUACACAAGGGCUCUUUCUGCCGGAACUACUUCAACAUCUUAGACCUGCUGGUGGUCAGCGUGUCCCUCAUCUCCUUUGGCAUUCAGUCUAGUGCAAUCAAUGUUGUGAAGAUCUUGCGAGUCCUGCGAGUACUUAGGCCCCUGAGGGCCAUCAACAGGGCUAAGGGGCUAAAGCAUGUGGUCCAGUGUGUGUUUGUCGCCAUCCGGACCAUUGGGAACAUUGUCAUUGUCACCACACUGCUGCAGUUCAUGUUUGCCUGCAUCGGGGUCCAGCUCUUCAAGGGAAAGCUCUAUACCUGCUCAGAUAGUUCCAAACAGACUGAGGCAGAAUGCAAGGGUAACUAUAUCACAUACAAAGAUGGAGAGGUUGACCACCCCAUCAUCCAGCCCCGCAGCUGGGAGAACAGCAAGUUUGACUUCGACAAUGUUCUGGCAGCCAUGAUGGCUCUCUUCACUGUCUCAACCUUUGAGGGGUGGCCAGAGCUGCUGUACCGCUCCAUCGACUCCCACACGGAAGACAAGGGCCCCAUCUACAACUACCGCGUGGAGAUCUCCAUCUUUUUCAUCAUCUACAUCAUCAUCAUUGCCUUCUUCAUGAUGAACAUCUUCGUGGGUUUCGUCAUCGUCACCUUCCAGGAGCAGGGAGAGCAAGAGUACAAGAACUGUGAGCUGGACAAAAACCAGCGACAGUGUGUGGAAUACGCCCUCAAGGCCCGGCCCCUGCGGAGGUACAUCCCCAAGAACCAGCACCAAUACAAAGUGUGGUACGUGGUCAACUCCACCUACUUUGAGUACCUGAUGUUCGUCCUCAUCCUGCUCAACACCAUCUGCUUGGCCAUGCAGCACUAUGGCCAGAGCUGCCUGUUCAAAAUCGCCAUGAACAUCCUCAACAUGCUCUUCACUGGCCUCUUCACUGUGGAGAUGAUCCUGAAGCUCAUCGCCUUCAAACCCAAGCACUAUUUCUGUGAUGCAUGGAAUACAUUUGACGCCUUGAUUGUUGUGGGUAGCAUUGUUGAUAUAGCAAUCACCGAGGUAAACCCAAGACCUAGAAUACCGGGCAUCUUCGUUGGAGACUCAUUACAGCUUAUCUCUGUCUGCCUUUCUUUAAAGCCAGCUGAACAUACCCAAUGCUCUCCCUCUAUGAAUGCAGAGGAGAACUCCCGCAUCUCCAUCACCUUCUUCCGCCUCUUCCGGGUCAUGCGCUUGGUCAAGCUGCUGAGCCGUGGGGAGGGUAUCCGGACCCUGCUGUGGACCUUCAUCAAAUCCUUCCAGGCCCUGCCCUAUGUGGCCCUUCUGAUAGUGAUGCUGUUCUUCAUCUAUGCAGUCAUUGGGAUGCAGGUAUUUGGAAAAAUUGCCCUGAAUGACACCACAGAGAUCAACCGGAACAACAAUUUUCAGACCUUCCCCCAAGCUGUGCUGCUGCUCUUCAGGUGUGCCACGGGGGAGGCCUGGCAGGACAUCAUGCUGGCCUGCAUGCCAGGCAAGAAGUGUGCCCCAGAAUCCGAGCCCAGUAACAGCACAGAGGGAGAGACGCCCUGUGGCAGCAGCUUCGCCGUCUUCUACUUCAUCAGCUUCUACAUGCUCUGUGCCUUUCUGAUCAUCAACCUCUUUGUAGCUGUCAUCAUGGACAACUUUGACUACCUGACAAGGGACUGGUCAAUCCUUGGUCCCCACCACCUGGAUGAAUUUAAGAGGAUCUGGGCAGAGUAUGACCCUGAGGCCAAGGGUCGCAUCAAACACCUAGAUGUGGUGACCCUCCUCCGGCGUAUCCAGCCCCCCCUGGGGUUUGGGAAGCUGUGUCCUCAUCGUGUGGCCUGCAAACGUCUGGUCUCCAUGAACAUGCCUCUGAACAGCGAUGGGACAGUCAUGUUCAAUGCCACCCUGUUUGCCCUGGUCAGGACAGCCCUAAGGAUCAAAACAGAAGGGAACCUGGAGCAAGCCAAUGAGGAGCUGCGGGCCAUCAUCAAGAAGAUCUGGAAAAGGACCAGCAUGAAGCUACUGGACCAAGUGGUGCCUCCUGCAGGUGAUGAUGAGGUUACAGUUGGCAAAUUUUAUGCCACUUUCUUGAUCCAAGAAUACUUCCGGAAAUUCAAGAAGCGUAAAGAGCAAGGGCUUGUGGGAAAGCCCUCCCAGAGGAACGCCCUGUCACUGCAGGCUGGCUUGCGUACACUGCAUGACAUCGGGCCUGAGAUCCGAAGGGCCAUCUCUGGAGAUCUGACUGCCGAGGAAGAGCUGGACAAGGCCAUGAAGGAGGCUGUGUCUGCUGCCUCCGAAGAUGACAUCUUUAGGAGGGCCGGGGGCCUGCUUGUCAACCAUGUCAACUACUACCAAAGUGACAGCCGGGGCACCUUCCCACAGACCUUCACCACCCAGCGCCCACUGCACAUCAACAAGGCGGGUAACAACCAAGGCGACACUGAAUCGCCCUCCCACGAGAAACUAGUGGACUCCACUUUCACCCCCAGCAGCUACUCAUCCACCGGCUCCAACGCCAACAUCAACAAUGCCAACAACACCGCCCUAGGCCGCUUCCCCCACCCCAGUGGCUACCCCAGCACAGUCAGCACCGUGGAGGGCCAUGGGCCCCCCUUGUCUCCUGCCAUCCGGGUGCAGGAGACUGCCUGGAAGCUCAACUCUAGGAGGUGCUCCUCCCGGGAGAGCCAGAUAGCCAUGGUGUGUCAGGAGGACAUGUCUCGAGACGAGACCUACGACGUGAAGAUGAGUGAAGAGGCUGAGUACUGCAGCGAACCCAGCCUCCUCUCCACAGAGAUGCUCUCCUACCAGGAUGAUGAAAAUCGACAGUUGACGCCUCCAGAGGAGGACAAGAGGGACGUCCGGCAAUCUCCAAAGAGGGGUUUCCUCCGCUCUGCCUCACUAGGUCGAAGGGCCUCCUUCCACCUGGAGUGUCUGAAGCGACAGAAGAAUCAAGGGGGAGACAUCUCUCAGAAGACAGUCCUACCCUUGCAUCUGGUCCAUCAUCAGGCAUUGGCAGUGGCGGGCCUGAGCCCCCUCCUCCAGAGAAGCCAUUCCCCCACCACGUUCCCCAGGCCAUGUGCCACACCCCCUGCCACACCUGGUACCCAAGCCUGGCCCCCACAGCCCAUCCCAACCCUAAGGCUGGAAGGAGCCGAGUCCAUCGAAAAACUCAACAGCAGCUUCCCGUCCAUCCACUGUAGUUCCUGGUCUGAGGAGACCACCUCCUGUGGUGGGGGCAGCAACACCAUCAGGAGAGCCCGGCCGGUCUCCCUCACGGUGCCCACUCAGGCUGCGGCCCCAGGGAGGCAGUUCCAUGGCAGCGCCAGCAGCCUGGUAGAAGCGGUCUUGAUUUCAGAAGGACUGGGGCAGUUUGCUCAAGACCCCAAGUUCAUCGAGGUCACGACCCAGGAGCUGGCGGACGCCUGCGACAUGACAAUAGAGGAGAUGGAGAACGCGGCCGACAGCAUCCUCAGUGGGGGCGCGCAGCAGAGCCCCAAUGGCACCCUACUACCUUUUGUGAACUGCAGGGACCCGGGGCAGGACAGGGCGGGCGGCGAGGAGGACGGGAGCUGUGCGCGCGCCCUGGGGCGAGGCCGGAGCGAGGAGGAGCUCCAGGACAGCAGGGUCUACGUCAGCAGCCUGUAGUCGCAGGGCUGGGAGACGCCGGGUUUUUUAUUUGUUUCAAUGUUCCUAAUGGGUUCGUUUCAGAAGUGCCUCACUGUUCUCGUGACCUGGAGUUAACCGGAACAGCGUCUUCAUUCAUUUCUGUUGGGACAAGACGCAGAGCUGGGUGGUGUGAGAGCCCGCUUUUCAGGGGGAAGAGAAGCCGCGAGGCAGUGUGUGUCCACCGAGCGACAGGCGAGAAGCGGGCAGAAGAAUCUCGGCGGCGAGCAAGGCCCACGCGCCGCCCUGCGCUGUCAACCCUGCGCCGGGUCCGGCGUCGCCUCCGGGGCCCGAGAGGACCUACACUCCCUGCGGCGGCUCGCUCAGAAAGGACCCUCGAGCAAACGGGUGUCUUUCAACUUCGCUUGUAAAAAAUCAUUUGCACACAUUCUGUAUGAGCCUCACUGUCCCCAUAGAGCCAGGCCCUGUGCAUUUGGAGAAGGAGAGGGGUGUGACUUCCAGCAAGAGCCCAGCCUACUGGAGAGGGUAGAGCGGAGGAGACAGCAGCGCUGGGGGACAGGCGCGCAGGGCCCGGGACGCGGGCAUAGUGGCGGCUUCACCCCGAGUCCCGCGGCUGCAGCCCCGGCCACCUCCGCUCGCCGCGACAGGAUCCUUUUGCCUGCACAAGCCACGCGAGCUGCAGACCAGAGCCCGGCCAGCGUCAGCGCGAGCCAGGACAGGACCGAGCUGGCGCUGCCCGGGGAUGGGGCCGCCAGCUCUCACCGAAGGAGGUGGUGCUGAGCUUCCCUUGAGCGCUCUUUUGUUUUGUGGUUUGACAUUUUUCUUGACAGCAUGUUGCAGUUUUUCUUUUUUCUUUUUUUUUUUUUUUCUGGUUUUUAUUUUUGUUUUCCCGGGGGGGGGGCGGGGGGAAGGAAGAGGAGCGUUUACAAGUUUUGUAGCCACCCACCUUACCGUUUUCACUUUUGCAUCUGUAAACCAGGUUUGGUUUUACUGUAUUCGUUAAACAGUUGCAGAUUUCCUUUUUCCAUUGAGGGAGGGUUCAAUAGCCACUGUAGGAGAGUUUUACCAGCCAUCGUGUAUGCCCUAUAAUUUGUUAUAAUUUCCUUAGGUAGUAACAAUUUUUCUUUCUGGUUUGGUUUGGUUUUAUAAUUUAAAGGUAAUUGGCAAUGCACUUGAUAGGUCUUGCACAAACGGGCGAUUGGGGUUGGUUUCCUUACGCUGGGUGUGUUAGUGGGUGCAGGAGAGAGGAAGUAUGAGAGAGUGUGUGUUGGGCGUGUGUGUGUGUAGUGGGUUGUCUGUGUGCAUGUGUCUAUGUUGUACGUGUGUAUAUGCACCCACUCAGUGUGCCCAUGCACACAGGUGAGUGCAGAGUUUCCCCUUUCUGGCUUAACUGUGGGGAGAUCUGAAUCUAGGGCCAUUUGAAAGCAAAAACAAACCACUGUCUCUGCUUCUGAAACGGGAAUCAGUAACUCUUUGCAUUUUCUGUCCCACAAGAUAUGCAAAAACAAUGCAAUAAUAUUCAUUUUAAAAAUACAAUUGUGAGUCGUGUUGGCAUUAGAACUGUAUUUAAAAAAAAACACAGAAAUUUAAGAAAAAAAAACUCAAGAAGGCAUUUUGCUUCGAUAUAUUCCGUGUAAUGUUUUAUUGCAUUGAUAAUGUUUCUGUUGAAGAAACCGUUAUACUUGAAUUCAGGUCAGUUUCAGUAUUUUUCAAAUAUUUUUUUAAAACUGAAUUGCAAUUGUGCCAAGCGAAUAUAAUGAAUUAAGUUUGUUUUUGAAUCACUUCUUGUAUAUUUUGCUGCAUGUAAAGUAAAUCAUUUUGUAUUUGGAGUGUGACAAGCUUUACCUUUGAACUCAAGUGCUUUUCUAUGUGUGGUUGGGGGAAAGGGAAGGAUUUUUCUUUUCACUAGUACAAUGCACAAAGGUAUCCCCGGCAUAAGUCAUUACUCUGCUAUCCACAAACAGGUUCAGACAUGACUGUUUUGCAUAUCUUGUGUUCACUUCCAUUUCCAUCCAUUCUUCCAAACUCCUAUGAUAGCUAUAUGUGUACCACGUCUUGCUUUAGGAGACCAGGACAUCCUCUCAUUCAGGUCUUUACUCUCUCCUCCCUGCUGUGGUUCUCUGACUCAGUACUUGUCCAAGAGCAGCUUCCCCAUGAUGUGCAGUGAGGCUUCAGCAUCCCCCUAGGAAGAGGUGGCUGGCUUUUCUGGUCACUCCCACAGCACAAAGGUUUGGAUUCCUUAGUAACUCCCACACUGACAGAGGAUGAAAUUAAGGUCAGGCUAGUGGGUGGGGAGGGGUAGCCUCCCUUCAGACAACUGGUCUACCCAAUUGUAGCUAGCCCUACUAGAAAGAGGAAAUUGGGUGAAUUCUUGAUCCUUACAGAAGUCACUUCCUGUCAGACUCACUUCAUCCUUUCCUCACUCUAGAGCAGGAUUCCCUCCAGACCCACUCUAACUAUGUGGCAGUGAAGGGGGGACCCCAACAAGGGAGAGAGCAUCAGGAAUUCACAGUGGAGGAGGAAAUAGAUUUUGUGGGGGCACCUCUUAUGCUCUUUGGCACUUACCUGGAGCAUCACCCUGUUAGUGCUGUGUCCUUCAAUUACACCAAGGAUAGUUGAAAAGUGAUAGUUGACUGUUUGGGAGAAAAUAGACCAACAGUUAACUCAGAAUUUACCCGCUGGUUAGAAAUUGCAGGAAGGGGGCAGCACAUUCCUUGGUGAAGAUGAGUUGUAUUCUCACGAACUGAUUCAUGAAAACAUGGAAAAAUACACCCAAUACUCUUGAGUUAACCAGAGUCUAGAAACAUUGCUUCUUCAUGGCUUUCCACACCCAGCCCACCCAGACACUCAUGGUUCCUUUCAGUACUGACAAGGUCUUCUAGAAAUUAAGAUCAGGUGUCAUUCUUUAUCCAGUUUCCCAAAAUUUCUGAGAUUGUGGUUAUGAUGGAGAGGGGAGCCCUUUUCAAUUGAUAUCUGGUUCUUGCUUACAUUUGGCCCCUAGAUAGAAAUUCAGAGUUUUGAUUGAUCCUACACAGGUAUGCACCUACAUGCACACUCAACCUUUUCCUUUUGCCUCUCUAUUCCUUUUGAAUUUCCAGCCUUUGUCACCAAGUGUCAUUGUGCAAUGGCAUGGGCUGCAGGCUGGGCUCCUGACAGCUCCUUGUGUCCUACCCAAUGUGGUUCCACAGUCUUGCAUGCACAAGGCUCUGGGUUCAAUCCCCAGCAACACACACACACACACACACACCAGUGAGGUUCCCCUGUCCUUCACCCUCACCUCCAUGGUCUGCCUUCUCCAUAGCCAACACAGGGAGGAAGACUAGAAUGAUCUUCUCCCUGCACCUGACAAGAAUGGCAUCAGCAGAGAUAGGCAUGGUGGCACAGGCCUGUAAUCCUAGCAACUCAGGAAGCUGAGGCAGGAAGAUCACAGGUUAGAGUCCAGCCUCCAUAAAUCAGUUCGUGAGAUCUGGUCUCAAAAUAAACACUAAAAAGGGCAGGGGCUGGGGGUUGUAGCUCAGUGAUAGAGCAUCCAUUGGUUCAGUCCCCAGUACUACCAAAAUAUAAAAAUAAAAUAAAGAGUGGCAUCAUCGGGAACAUGUCAUCCUUGCCCUUUGGUGCCAGGAAGGAAAGGGGUGCAAAUGAGCACUCCCUCUCCAGGGCAAUGAGUGUUUCUUAGCUUGGCUUAGUGUAAGACUGGCACUUGGUGCUUGUCACCAAGAUGGACUGGUGCAAGAAGUACUUAUGAUGGAGAGGGGACCCCUUUGAAACCAGUGAGCCACAUCCACAACGGAUUGAGUAUGUCUACUCUCCACAUGUCAUUCUUCUGACAUCCCCUGAGAGCCAAGAGAAAAGCAUCCAGUGACUGAGGACCCAAGGGACUUGAAGGAGUGCAGUUACAUUCUGAAAUUUGGCAAGCUUCAUUUUUCUUCUGACUAGUCCUGUCUCUUCUAUUUCCACACCUUGAUCUUCAAUAGUUUUUCACUAUGUGAAAACUAUUGCAUAGACACAUUAAGCAGAAAGAAUUCCAGCUGUCUCCUUUCUGCCUGAUUCUAGACAGUUCUUUGGGUCUUGAGAAGAGGGAGAAUUUUUUCUGGGUUUCUGCCUGAUUCGUGAACUUUCCCCUGUUUUGGUUCAGCAGCUCUUAGGCAUAUCCCUCUUCCCACUUCCUAACCUCAGGCUUUCCUUUAACUAGAAUAAUCAAGGUCAGGUGCAAGUUUGUGUCAUUUACCUUCCUCUUUUUCCCUGGCUCCAAAUUCUGUGUGCCUAUCACUUCCUCAUAGCCCUUCUCCAUCCAGGACUGACCAGCUGAAGGCAGGAGGGCACCUGCUGGAGUGUGCCUUCCUGUGGCAAAGUCAUGUCCUUGUGAGGAUUAGAACACCCUGAGGAGGAAACUGGAAGUCAGCAGGGGAUGGUGGCUGUUCUACAGGGACAGUUGAUCCACCCCACCACUCCCAGAGACAGAGAAAUAGAGGAUUUAGGUUAGGUGUGUGUGUGGAACCCUGGUGGUCAGGGUUUUAGCCUCAUGAACCCAUAUUGGAAAUGUUGCCAAAGGAGGACAAUGUCACCUCUGACCUUGGGGACCUAGAAUAAUUGAAAUCUCAUUGUCUAGGAUUUAGAAACUCUUUAGCAAAGAAGCUAAGAAAGGGUUCUCUGACCUCCAGAAGAGCUGCUCAAAACCCAGGGAGUCAAAACUUGCUAUUAGAGUCCAGGCCAAUUCUGCUUUUUAAAGACCUGGCUCUGAGAGAAACGUCCCAGCAUGGAUAACCAGAAGUCGAGGCAAGAGAAGGGCAGGUGUUGACUCCCCAGGAGUCUGUUCCCAUUUUAUGGAAAGAAAUGCUCAGUUUAGCCACCCAUAAUGACCAGUACCAUAGAGAGGCUGGUGCCUCAAGGAUCUACUUCAGAAAAUGAGAAAAAUACAAUUCCAACUCAGUGUUGUCUUCCCUGCCAAGCCAGGUCACCUGGCAGACGCCCCUCCCCUGCAUUAGCCAGUGAUUGCCUGAAACAGGCUCCUGUCAAGGGACAGAGAAGCCUGAUAUCAGCCACCCAAGGCCGGGUUCUCCAGCAGCUGCUUGUUGAGGUGAUAUAAAGGAAGGCUGUGAAGGGGGGGUAACCUACGAGUGUCAGGGAUGAGGGACGGUGCACCUUUGCCCCUUCCUAAGAAGUCCUCUGUCCUCCCCGCCUCCCCAACUUCCCGCUGUCCUCCUCCCUUCAGCCUAGUGAGAGACAGAGUUGAAAAGAGUCCCUGUGCAUUUUUACACUGUUUUCUGUUUUAACUUAUGUAUUAUUUAUUAAUUAUUUUUCAAACCAACGAAACAUUGUUUUGUGGCACCAGAUACCAACACAAAAAGUCAACAGGUUUCUACCAGAUUCCCAGUGUUGGGGAGACACUUGAAUCCCUCUCUCUCUCUCUCUCUCUCUCUCUCUCUCACACACACACACACACACACACACACACC